UCUCAAAAGAGGACAUGUCACAGAAUGCAAACAAGAGAGAAGCUGCAUACUUGCAAAACAUGCGAGAAAAGCUUUAGUGAAAAGAGCAUUUUGUUGCGUCACACAAAAACUCACACGGGAGAGAAGAUUCAUUCUUGCAAAACAUGUGAGAAAACCUUUAGUCAAAGCAGUGAUUUGAUGAUCCACGUGAGAAUCCACACUGGCGAGAGGCCGUAUUCUUGUAAAGCAUGCGGGAAGUCUUUCAAUCAAAGUGGUCAUUUGAUGGCCCACCAGCGAAUCCACACCGGCGAGAGGCCGUAUUCUUGCACAAUGUGUGGAAAAACUUUUAGUCAAGGUAGUAAUUUGUUGAGCCACAUGCGAUGCCACACAGGAGAGAAGCCUCACGUUUGUAAGACCCGCGGGGAAAGAUUUACAACGUCAGCCCCGCUUAAAAUCCACACCGCGAGCCACACAGGAGAGAGGCCUCAUCCUUGCCAAGCAUGUGGGAAAACCUUCACUACACGCUGUAACCUGCUGCGCCACAUGAGAACGCACACAGGAGAGAAGCCGUAUGUUUGUGAGACCUGCGGGGAAAGAUUUACUCUGUCAACGUCACUUAAAAGCCACAGAACUAUCCACACGAGACAGAAACCGUAUCACUGUAAAGCUUGUGGGAAAAUGUUCCGCCAGAGUCAUCAUUUGUCGUUGCACAUGAAAACCCACAAACAGCAGAAGUCGUAG